AGUGAGCGGGCGUCCUUAGGCUGGUGAGGACUCAUAAACGCAGCCAUGGAGGAGGAAGUCAUCUUUACCAUUAUCAAGAUUAUCGUGGCGGGAGCAAAGCAACAACAGGCGGCGUGAUGGUGUGUGAUGCGGGUGAGGGCUGGAGGACGGCUGGGGCUUGCCCUGCUCACCCUCACCUCUCUCACCCUCCUCCUGCUGCAGCACUGUCGCCUCUCAAACCAUCUGCACGGCGAGGAUGAUGCGCCGGGAGCUGAUCGGUCGGCGGCGGCGUGGCGGGAGGAGGAGCAGCGAGCACACACACGCAGCCUGCUCCUUCAGAUAGCACAACUCAAAGACCAGCUGGCCAAGGCGCGGGCGGACAGAGCGGAGGCAGAGUCUUCUGAAGGUGGCGCCGCAGCGGGACGUAAUGGUGGCGGCGGAAGUGGCGGCAGUCAGCGCGGCGGCAGCAUCAACGCCAGCAGCCAGGUGGUGCCGGUGGACGGAGCGUGCGCGGCCGUGAUCCAACACCAGGUGGCACAGUCUGAGAUCACGCAAGGAAUCUCCCUCAACAAUGAGUACGAGGUGGUUCCUUUCUCGCACUUCACCUGGUCCCGCGUGUACCCCUCUGAGCUAGGCCUCGGGAAGCGCGUGGUGGAGAAGCCCAUUGGAUUCAAGAGGCGAGACAUCCUGGCCGCCCUCACCGCAGCUCUCGACCACCUCAACACGCCCGUCCCCGCCAGGUUCACGGUGGACGACUUCGUGGAGGGCAUGUACCGCACGGUGGCCACCAGUGGGACUCAGUAUGAACUGGUGUUCCACGACCGCCAGGCCAACCAGUCAUGGCACCAGUACCGCACCGUCACCCUCAUGAGGCCCUUCGCCCCGCUGACCGUGGUGACCCGCGACCCGCACUCCACCAGGCAGAUGAUCAACAUCAUCCUGCCGCUGUCUGGCCGCAUCGACACCUUCCGAGGCUUCAUGGACAAGCUGGGCAGCAUCAUCUUACGCCAUGACCGCCGCCUCUUCUUGACUGUGGUGUACUUCGGCCACGAGGGGCUGCAGGAGGUGCGCAACAUCAUCACCUCAGCCUCCAAGGAAGCGAAGUUCAGGCACAUCAAGCUGCUUACCCUCAACGAAACCUUCUCGAGGGGCAAGGCGCUGCAGGUCGGGGCCACACACUGGUCCAAGGGGGAUGUGCUGCUGUUCAUGUGUGACGUGGACAUUGUAUUCAGCACUCGGUUCCUGGAGCGGUGCCGCCUCAACGCUUCUCCAGGCCGCUCUGUGUACUACCCUGUGGUGUUCUCCCUGUACAACCCCAGUGUGGUGUACCCCCUGCAGGGCAAGGCAGUGCCCCAGGAGCUGGACCAGCUGGUGAUCUCCCGGGACACUGGCUUCUGGCGGGACUUUGGCUACGGGAUGACCUGCCAGUACCGGUCAGACUUCCUCAGCGUGCAGGGCUUUGACGAGGACAUCAUUGGCUGGGGCGGCGAGGAUGUCCUGCUGUACCGCAAGUACGUCAAGUCUCGGCUGUCAGUGAUUCGAGCCACUGACCCGGGGAUCUUCCACCUGUGGCACCCCAAGGAGUGCUCCACCUCCCUCUCCGCUGACCAAUAUCGUGCCUGCAUCACCUCCCGCGCUCUGAACGAAGCCUCUCAUGCCCACCUCGGCCUCAUCGCAUUCAAGGACGACCUGGGCAAGCAUCCCCUUGGUGCCGAGGCCUUGACAGGUGGCGGCAGUAACCUGGAGGAGCAGCAACUCAAGGCUGAGAUGUGAGGAGCUGAGGACAGGGACACAAGGAUACACAUGGCACAUUCAUACACACACACACACACACACACACACACACACACACACACACACACACACACACACACACACACACACACACACACACACACACACACACACACAUUCCAGCCAGGAAUAAUGGACUAGAACACAUAAUGGACAAGAACACAUUGAGUUCAAAAGAUAAUGUUGGUUUUCUUCUUGUUUCUCACCAAGACUAAUCUUUGUUGUGAUUGGUUCCUUAGCCCCCCUCAGCCAGACUCUGUCCACCACACAUGCGUUUGGAGACUCCAACAACUUGUCAUCUUCUCCAUUAUUGUUUCCCAUUCAUUGUCAUGUGAUUUUUACAAAUGUAAUCAUUAGUGCAUACAAUUUAACAGGUCUUAAACCUCUCUCAAUGUUUGUGAUGAUAAGUCUUAUGGUAAAGAUUUCUUUUUUUUUUUUUUUUAUGGAGUGUUGCAGUACACGUCUUUAAUUGGUGUUAAGGAAUGAGUGCCACUGUGUUGCAUCCAAGUGUUCCUGAGCCAACAUUUCCUGGCACUGCUGCUCCAGGUGUUGUGUGAAUGUGAAGUGGUGUUUGGCUAAAGGGAGGCAAGGAAGCUGCCCUCCACAGCAGGAAAUGUCACUAGAAAUUCAUUUUUAUAUCUUGGGAGUGUGAGUGUGAUCAGCAUUGCUUUGUGUUGGCUGUAACACAGGGUAUGUAUGAAUAUCUUCACAAAUUUGCACAGAAAAUAUCUUCAUAAAUUUUUCAGGAUGGAGAAUAUGUUGAAUGAUGCAGAGCUGUAUAUUGUUUUUGUAUGAUAAAAUUAACUUCAUUCUUUACCUGAAUUUUUACAUACACACACACACUAAAGGUCACAGUGUGCAAAUGUUUCAAUCAAAAUGGACCAGAGUAGUGGACCAGCUUUUCUCAUCCAGACAGCUCACUGUGUUUGCCACAUCAAAAUGUUAAUGAUCACACUGGUAAACACUACAUAGAAUAUUUAAAAAAAACACUCACUCCUAAUAUAGGUUAACACCAACAUGCUGCAGCACUCGCAGCAGGUGAGGUGCAUGCUUCAUGUAAAGUAAAUGUUGACAUGCUGGCACACCACUUUAACUAUACUUAUUUUAUGUUGUGUAAUUCUAGACCAUGAAAAUUCAUUCUGAUGUCAAGCAGAAAUUAUAAUUUAUAUACACCCUGCAUGUGGAUCCAACAAACUUUUGGAUAGGGAAACAUAAUUUAGUACUUUUACAAUGUGUAUAGCCAGAUGUCUUGUAUCUGCUAUGAUUAAGAACACAAGUUUUAUAUGAACAUGAUAACACAAAGCUGUAAUACUUCUGUAGAGGAAAACUACAAUAUCCAAUGCUCACAUCAUUUAAACACAUACACCCAUACACAUACUAUCUGAUUUUGUAUGUAAAUUGAUACACAUUUCUUUCAAUUUCCACUUGGACUCCAAAUCUGCUCAUAAUAUAAGUGCUUUACUAAGUUGACGUGCAAGUAGUACCAUCGGUGUGUGAGCUAGUCAUGGCGGUAGUGUUGUGUGCUGCUGGAGGGAGCACAGUAGUGGUUGUUGGCUGGCCCGGGUCUUGCCAGCUCGCUACGCUGCACCACUGCUCACAGGGAUGCAGCACAGCCUCAGGUGACUCUUGCCACUACAAGGACAUCAGCACUGUACUUUAUAGGACAUCCUUUUCUCUGCUGAUACAUGUGUUACACUUAAAUGGGUUUCUAGUUAUUACUAGAAAUCUGAAAUGUUUUUUUUUUAUUGCAACUUAAACAGAUUACUUAUUACAUAUGUAAGAAUUAUUCAUGCUCAGUAAUCAGAUAGUGGUGCAUUUUGCUAAUUUAGAGAAUUUCAUGACUUACACAUUUUUAAUUUAUUUGAUAUUCAAAUUGUUAUCAAUUUUAUUUCUAUUUACUGGUCCAGAUGUGCUUUACAUGACAUAUUUGUUACAAUAACCAAAAGUAUUUAGUCCUUUUGUUUCUGGGUGCAUAUCUGUUCAGGUUAAUUGCACAUGAAAAAUUCAUUACAUUUCUUGUGUAUUCUUCAUAAGCACAGGCCAAAGCAGUCACCUUAUGGCAAAGGUGCAGCAACAGGCAGGUGAGAAACAGCUGUGGCAGGGUGAGUGUGGUGUGCUGGCAGGGACUCACCACAGGGAGGCCGACAUAGUUCUUUGACUUGUCACUUCCAAGUAUAGUGAGAUGAAGUUGACCUGAUAGUGUUAAGGUUCAUAUUGAGAAAAGGGCAUGAGUCAAAACAGCGCUGCAUGCAAGUUCAAAAGUGUGAUGCUAAUUGGAUGUCAGUUCCUAAUGAUUGGCAUUAGUGCAGAGACAGACCAGGCUAUGCAGGGUGGGCUGCUCCCCCACGGCGGCCAUUGUGGGAAGGUCCAGAGCAAAUCUAAAUGGUUGUUGUAAGAUUGAUGUUCUUUGUUUGACUAUUGGUGGAUAUAUAUAGAUAUAUAUACAUAUAUAUAUUUAUGAUGAAUUUUAUGAAGUGUUAUUAGAGUUGCUAAAGGGAAAUCCAGGGGAGCCAGUGAGGGAGGGCAGACACGGGCUGUGCUUCGCCAAGGGGCCCUCACCGCGCCAGUCACUCAUCACUCAUACAUUGCUUCUUUGUAUCAAUGAAUUCAUGUAGGCAAAUUUUUGUACAUAGUGUUGUAACAUAAUUAAGGAGUUAAACUUCCAUAACACUUCUACCUUGCUGAUCUUCUGAGGGCCCCUGGACUUCUUCCCAGUCCUCUAUUCUCACUCACCAGUAGAGGUCUCCUAAGGGUCACCCGCUGUGGGCUGGCUGAGGUGACGCCAGCGCGAAACAGUAGUUGCUGUAGUGUUGGGUGAGAAGUGUGUUGUCUCUCUUUGUAAGUGUCAGUCUCUGCUGCAGACCUGCCCGCGUGUGCAGGUCUUGGUGGUGGUGGUCAGAGGUCCGGCUCCUCCCCCUGCUGGGAUGUGGCGGAGGAGCACCAACCCUGUGAUCCAGUCUUCCCGUCUUCCAUAGGCUAAAUCAACAUCUGUAUCUUUUACAAGUUAACUAUAAGGAAUUUUCAUCUUUUUAUGAAUCUUACCAAGCAGCCUUAGGCAUACUGUAGAGUAAACACAGAACACACACACACCCACACACACACACACACACACACACACACACACACACACACACACACACACACACACACACACACACACACACACACACACACACACACAAAAUGAAUAUAAAAA